CACAUGCUGUUCCCUGCAAGACAAAUUCCUUGGAAAGCUGUGGCAAGGAGCUCAGUGGAGCAAUGACUGAGCACAGGAACUCUCCCCUGUCUCCCUCUUGAUCUUCAUCCUUGGCAACUCCUUCUUGCUGCUGUGGUGGGGUUUCUAUUAAAUUGUAAGAGCGCGGCCAUGGGGGACGCGGCACCAGCCCAGCCGCCCGAGCCCAGGGCUGCUCGCCGCCACCUCUUCGAGGCCAGCAUGAGGAGCAUGGCCAGGAGGCUCAGAACUUUCCAGCAGUGGCCCCGCACUGCCCCUGUGUCCGCCCGAGACCUGGUGGAGGCUGGAUUUUUCUACCUGGGCCCCGAAGAUGAAGUGCAGUGUUUCUGCUGUGGUGGUAUCCUGAAGGACUGGAGACCUGGUGAUUGCCCCAUGAUAGAGCACCUGCGUUUCUUCCCUUCCUGUAAAUACCUCUCUGGUGAGGAUGUUGGGAACCAGGAGAUGCUGUCCCUGCAGGAGAUCUUUGACACUGUGGAUGGGCAGUUCCUGAGUGUCUUGCAGGGGAUAGUCAGUGAGGAGACAGCCCAGCCCAACGAGCCAGAGUACCCCGAGAUGGUGACAGAGGAGAUGAGGCUGUCUACGUUUGAGAACUGGCCACAAAAUUCCAGCAUGCAUCCAGAACAACUGGCUAGAGCAGGGUUCUUUUACACAGGACGAGGAGAUGUAGUGAGGUGUUUUUACUGUGAUGGAGGCGUGAGGAGCUGGUCCUUUGGAGAUGAUCCUUGGAGGGAACAUGCCAAAUGGUACCCAGAGUGUGAAUUUUUGCUGCACUCAAGGGGGAGAGAAUUUGUUAACAGCGUUCAGGCGACAUUUUCUGGCACCCUGCUGGCUCCAAGACAUUCCUGGGAUCAGACUGAGCAAGACUCCUCUUCCUCCCAAGGUGCUGUUCAGAGAGAGACUGGAACAUCAAGACAAGAAAUGCGAUCUGUGCGGCAGAAGGAAUCAGAUGAGUCUCAGCUGAGCACAGAAGAGCAGCUCCGACGCCUGCAAGAGGAGAGGACAUGCAAAGUGUGCAUGGACAAAGAUGUGUCUGUUGUGUUUGUCCCCUGUGGCCACCUGGUAGCUUGUGAAGAAUGUGCCCUCAAUUUGAGGCUGUGUCCCAUCUGCAGGGCUGGCAUCCAGGGCCGUGUGAGAGCCUUCAUGUCCUGAGCCGUGGUGCACCCAAGGGGAAGAGAAGUCCAUAAAACUCACAACUCAGCAGAGGGAGAAAAUAAGUCAAUAGUUUGCUGGCGCAAUCUUAUUUGCAGGGUAGCUUGGCAUAAGGGUAAAAACUCACUAAAUGUGGCUCCUGUGCACAGUGUUUCUAGGAAGAACUGCUGGUUUUAUUUACUCUUGCUUUAGGACUGCUCCAGGAAAACUCUGCUGGGUUCUUUUGUCCUCCAAAAUGAGGUUUUUAUUGUCAAGAGAUUCUCCUUCUCCACAUUUUUGUGUUCUCAAGUGAAUCUUUGCCCUGUGCUGAAAUCAAAGACUGUUUUCAGCAGACUCUCUGGUUCUUUCUCACUCACUUAACAGUUGUCUAGAGAUUGUUCUUUUAGUGAUUCCUUCAGGAAGUUUGAUUGAAAACUGGAGUAUUUUUUGUACAAAAUGCAUUCCAUUGGGACUAGAAUACUCAGCAACAAU